AUGGUAAAUGGUUGCCCGAGUCUACAAAAGGAGGUUGCCAGCGGUAGAGUUAUGGUCGACUUGGCAAGCUUUCAAAAGAUGAACCCCAGCUAUGACAUGGGAUUUGCAGAAUCACCAUGCGAAGUAUUGCGUGACAACAACGUGGAGCUUGAAGAUAUUACAACAGAUCCAACUCGGAUGUAUGCUCCGGCCAUGGUGUAUGGCUUAUCAUUUCGGCUGAAAAAGUGGGGUACCUUCAGAGUGUGUUGUUUUGAUGACAUUGUCUUCAACGACUCUGCAUUUGACGCUCUAGAGAUGCCGGCACAGAAAAGAGCUUUUGCACAAAAUAGCGAAGGCUGCAUCAUUCUCUGUUAUGGUGCCUCUGGCACUGGGAAGACGUUUACUGCUGAAUCAAUUUCAGAAUCAUUGCAUGCACCGCUGUGGUCCUUGAGUGUUUGUGAGCCAGGAAUCACUCCGCAACAACUGGAGUCAUAUUUGGUGAACGUCCUUGAUGUGCCUUCUACAUGGAGUGCUAUCCUUCUCCUAGACGAGGCAGAUAUGUAUCUGGAGAAACAGUCAUCCUUUGACUUGACACGAACUGCCAUGAUUGAGAUCUUCCUGCGCAACCUUGACUACCAUCGCGGGGUGCUCUUCUUUACAACAAACCGCGUUUUUGCAUUUGAUGAGGCUUUCCUUUCUCGCAUCUCUAUGAUUUUGUAUUAUGAGUCAAAGCCAGCUGACCGGUGGAAAAUAUGGGAGUCGGUUUUGAACCGGGUCAACAUGAACGACAUCCCAGAGGUCUCUCCCGCUAAUUGGUCUCGUCAAAUGAUCAAUGGGCGAGAAAUCAGAAAUGUGGUGCAUCAGGCGAUGAUCUUGGCCAAGAGUAAUGGCCAGAGGCUCUGUGCAAAUGACAUUGAUCAAUCAUUGAAUAAGCUGGUUGGCUCGCUUGUGGAACUGGCAGACAAUUGCAGAGCAGCAGGUCCCUUUAUACCAAUCAGAUGA